AUGAGUCUCGCAGACAAGAAGAUGCCGCCCGAUAGGCCGGCGGGUCUCCCGGGAGACUUGAGCGUCCUUGUGGGGAACAAGUCGUACAGCAUCAUUCCCUCUGACAUCCAUCCGCAAUCCACUAGAGAUGCGCGUUCCAAGGUCAUGGGAUAUGACGAUCGCAACAUGCAGAUGACGGAUGACUUCAAGUACCAACAGCUAUCGAGCGGGAAAUGGAUACGGUUGUUACGGCUGAAGCCGGGCUUCUACGAGAAUACGACCAUCGAAUGUGAGCUGAUCGAUGUCGAGUACACGGAAAAAUAUGAACUACCAGUCCUCGGCCAGGAUAGUCAACAAAAUUACGAAGCGCUGUCGUGGUGCUGGGGUACCGGGAACAGGGACCGCGCCCUGUUGAUCACCAGGGGUGAGAACAUAUACAAAAUGAAGGUCACCCGAGAGCUUGCCUUGGCGUUGAAAUAUCUCCGUCACAAGAACAGGAAUCGCCUUCUGUGGAUCGAUGCCAUAUGUAUCGACCAGGAAAAUACUCAAGAGCGUAAUCACCAGGUCCAAAUGAUGUCCCUCAUCUAUACAAAGGCCUCCGGGGUAUGCGUCUGGCUCGGGGAGGAUGACGACGACAGCAACCUCGCUAUCCAGUUUGUCAAGGAGGAUAUCCUGAACUUUGAAAACUUCGACGCCGUCUGCUCCAACAAGAAGAAUGCAGACAAGUGGCGGGCGCUGCUGAUGCUGAUGCAGCGCCCCUGGUUCUCGCGCCGCUGGGUAGUCCAGGAGAUUGCUCUCGCCCAGAAAGCCACCAUAUACUGCGGCCCGGACAUCAUCGCCUGGGAUGACUUUGCUGUGGCUGUGGAACUCUUCGUCGAGGUUGAGACGGCAACACACCGCCUCUCCGAGGUCAUCCAGAAGGACGAGCGGUUCUACCAUGUCCCCGGUUGGUUUGAGUAUGUCUCCCAGCUGGGGGCGAGCCUGCUGGUCUCCGCGACGGGGAAGAUCUUUCGUAGGUACAAGCCACGCAAAUAUACUGCCGACCAGCGUGGCCUACAGAGUCUCGAAUAUCUUGUGUCAAGCCUUUUUACUUUCGAGGCUUCAGAGCCCAGGGACGUGAUCUACUCGCUGCUGGCUAUCGCACGAGACACGACACCCCUUGCGGACGUACGCUCUGCAUUGGACCGUAGCGAUGAUGAAGCUCGACUCACAAAGAUAUUGUCGACCUUUAUAGUCCAGAAGCCUUAUUCCGUCGAUUACGACCUUCCAUACUCCGAGGUUUGUGCCAACUUCGUUCAAUUCUGUGUCGAGCGCACUCGGGCAACGGAUCCCUCGAGAGCCUUGGAUAUCAUUUGUCGUCCGUGGGCAAUAGCACUCGAUCCAAAGAAGGAGAAGAAGAGGAGGCGGACCAAAGGCCGUUCAACGGCGCCACUGUGUGCCCAGAGGAGCAGCUUUCAUAUCAUUAAGAAAUCCGCGGUGAAUGACCGAGAACUUGUGCCUCACAGUCCCAACGAUAUACGACGCAGUGAUUCUGCAUCAGAAGAUCCUGUUUCCGAAGGACCGUCGGGAGAUGCAACUUUUCCUCCAAAUACUUCAGAAAAAGCCUCUAAUAGAGGGCAUAGUGUAAAACUUAGCCCUGGGGAUGUUGAAGACGGUAUAGAUGGUAAUUCACAGUACGAGAAAACCAAAACGGAGCCGGCCCGUACGAAAGCAGAGGCUCCGGUGUGGGAAAAGAAGGAUUUGAAGUUAGAGAACCUGGACCGUCUUCCUCGCGAGAAAGACAACCGCGAAAACAAACAAUACUGGAAGGAGGCAAUUGAGAAGGCGAUCCGACAUCACGGCCUACAAGGGGAUGAGUCCGAAAAGUGCGGCGUACGAAAGGAGAUUCUCAAACACUUCCCUUUCCCUAUCCCUGAGCCGGAUGUGAACUCGGAGCAACCCCCCGAUAUCGCUCUACCUUCCUGGAUAGGCACUCUGGACAGAGCGCCGUAUGCACUCUUUCGGAAUCCAGGAAUCGCGAACGUCAAGAAAAUGGGCCGCAGGCACGCCGACCCACUUGUCGGAUUACCUGAGGACGGGCAGAGGAACUACACUGCGGCGCAAACCAAGUCACCCGACUUCACGAAAUUGAAAUUCAGAAAACGAAAGGACCAUUUCAGUCUCUUUGCUAAAGGCUUCAUCCUUGGCCGAGUUGACAAGGUAGGCCCGCCUUCUCAGAACGGGGCUGUGCCUCAGGGGUGGUUUAAAAAAGAGCUGGGCGGAUGGGAAGCCGUGCUGGAAGAGGACGGCCACAACAAAGAGCCGCCCGAGGCGUUCUGGAGGACUUUGGUUGCCGACCGAGGGAACGACAAUCGAAAUCCGCCUUACUAUUAUGCAAGGGCAUGUGCCGAGUCGGUUGCCAAGGGCGGGCUUCUCGGCGGUGCGGUCUCUACCACAGAGCUGAUUCACAAUGAGCGGAACUCGAUCAUUGCAGAGUACUGCCGCCGCGUUCAAGCUGUCAUUUGGAACCGGAAGCUUGUGAAAAUCGUUCUAGAGGGAAACGUCGUUGAUGACAACGACAAUAACGACAACAAUGAGAAGGACAGCGACAACGAGGACAAAGACAAGGACAAGGAGGCCUUGGGCCUCGUGCCCGAUAGCGUCGAGAAGGGUGAUCUGGUUUGUAUCCUCUACGGCUGUACGGUCCCGGUGGUGCUGAGGCAAUCACCAAAAAAGUUACCGCAAGACCUGGAAGAUGAGAAGUUCCAGGAUCUUGGCGAGUACUUAAGGAAGCAGGCUCGGAAUCUGGAGCAAGUGCGCCUGCGUAGGGCGAGGUAUGCGGAACUUUCCAAAUCAAAGUGGAAAGAGGACGAGAUGGAAGAGAUCAGAACGCUGACCGAGUCCACGAGAGACGAGAUGAGACGUUGGGCCGAAGAGGAGCGUGCUGACAAGAAGCGGAAGGAAGACUCCAAGAAGCUUAUGGCUGAAGCAGUGAAGAAAAGCAUUGAGGCGGUGGAGAAUAUCAGAAAGACCAAUGAUGGACCUACCGUUGACGGCCAGGUGAAUGGCAAGGCCGAGCGCCGCUCCUCCUACGUGGAGACAUCGAGAACGCCACGCCCAUCGGUGAGUGUCUCGGACCGCAGCCGAACCAUGGAGAUAAACCCCAGUCUGAGGGAUCAGAGAGCCCAGCAGGCAGAGAAGGACGACCCAUACUUCUGGUACCAACUCAAAGGAGAGUGUUAUGUCCACGGUAUGAUGGACGGGGCCGCGCUGAAGGAACAGUUCUAUGAGAGUUUACCGGAGCACGUUUUUGAGAUACGCUGA